AUGAAGCUUCUCGAAACCGAUACCAUCUUCGCUUUCAUGGAUAUUGGACCAAUCGCCAGAGGACACUGUUUGGUCAUUCCUAAGCACCACGCUGCAAAAUUAAGUGAUUUACCAGAUGAUCAAACGAGAGAUAUUAUCCCAGCUUUGAAGAAGUUAGCUAUAGCUACCGGAGCUGAAAACUAUAAUAUUCUUCAAAACAAUGGUAGACCAGCCCAUCAAGUGGUAGAUCACGUACAUUUUCACGUCAUACCCAAAUACGCUGAGAGAGGCGAUGAAGAAGGUUUAGUCAUUGGUUGGCCAAUUGCUGAUAAUUAUCCGUAUUCUUUCGAUCAAUCAGCUCAAAAAGACCUCUCGAAAGACGAUAUCACCAAGAUAUUCGAAGAGAUGAAAUCGAAGCUGUAA